UUGCCUUCGCUUGCUCGCUUCUAGUAGCAAAGCGAAACAACUGUUUUCGUCAGUUGGGGACGAACACAGGGGUAACGUGUGUUCGCGCUUAACAUUUAAAGUAAGAAAGACAUACCAGUCUUGUAUCUUAGUCGGACGAAACUGUGUGUGUAGCGCAGCCGUAAGCGCAAAAACUAUGCACUAGCAAUGCUUACGAUUAGUAACAGUGAAUUAAAAUAUAGUUAACGUUUACUUAAAAGUUGACUAGGAUAUUUUGAGUGUGUUAUUAUUCAGUGUUCAUAGUUCAGUUUUUAUUCUUUUUUUUACUAGAUGGAUGUUGAGUAUAAUGGAACGCACCUUGUAAAGGAAACCUUAAGAUUAGGCUGAGGAACUUUGGGGAUGGCAUUCUCCUGCAAUGCUAGGCUGUAGAACCGUGUGCCCAAAAUGUCAGCACCAGUUCGUGUGCUGUCCUCCAACUCCCUGUUGCAAUGUUCGUCGUUCCAUACACGGAUUGAGCGGGGGGGGUCUGGUCUCGACCGUUGCCGCCAACACCACAAACAGUUGUACGUCUCCUCAGGUGUCCCCGAGUGCACCUCUGACGUUCGUGAUGCCUCCAUUCAACACCCUCUUCCAGCCAACCUUACCGCCGCAAGAGUCAAGACCAGAAUCGGAACUGGACCGUCUGUCGAAUACUGUUCAUGUCCUGCGACAAUCGGGCUGGUACUUCGAAGGAAUCUCAUACCAGCAAAGUCACGACAUGCUCCAGGACAAACCAUUGGGAACAUUUUUAGUCCGCGAGAGUUCCGAUCCCCGAUUUUUAUUUUCGUUAAGUGUUCAAACGGAAAGAGGCCCGACGUCGGUAAGAAUACAUUACAUAAACGGAUAUUUUCGUCUCGACGCACAGAACCAUCUCCAGGCAGCCAUGCCCAUGUUUUCUAGUGUUAUUGAUCUAGUGCAGCAUUACGUGAGAGAAAGUCGAAAUGCGAAGGGCAGCGCUCACGUGUGGGUCGAUCCAGAUGGCAAAUGGUACAGUGCGAUUUUGUUAGUGAAACCGUUGAGGAAAGAUAACGGAUCUUCGAGUUUGAAACAUUUGUCGCGGUUGGCGGUUCAUGCGACGCUUGAAGGUUCGACGCGUCCGCGACUUCACCUAUUGCCUCCCCCCUAUACUCAACUAGAACUACCCCCGUUACUCAUCAAGUAUUUGGCUGAAUAUCCGCAUUCGCUUUAGCCGCCAUGUUCACACCACCACCAAAGCAGGGACUGGUACCUUUACAUACCAGUCUCGACGUGAGGAACACCAGAAAGUAUUGCGUCUACUAUUGACAAGGUAGUUUUUAAUCAAAAUGUUCUAUUUGCCUCGUCCAGAAGAUGUAACUAAGCUCGUCCUUCCGUCCUCUUCCAACAACACACGAAUUAGGGGUCGUUCAUAUAUUAAGAUAGGUUGUCCUACUUUGUUACGCAAAUUAUAUGUCCCCUUCCCCGCUUGUCACGUCACAGUAUAAUUGCUAUUUUGUUAGUGGUUGAUUCUAUAUAAACUUGUUACCACGAGCCCCCUCCCGAUUGCCACAUUUUGUUAAGUUACCCCAGGACCACGUUUUCCCUCGCGACGUGACGUAAUAAAUGUAUAAACGACCGCUAGAGAAAGAGAUUGUGUGUGUGCGUGCGUGCCUGUGUGUGUGUAGGAAAGAGAUAGGUACCUACUCGAUAUGAAAAGACGUUAGUUAUAUCUUCUGUUCUUAUAUUUCCGUCUUAUUUUGUUCUGAUUCAUUUUAUUGGCAAAAUAAUUUAGUUUAAUGAUUUGUUUGUCAAUUGUUUAGAAUAAUGUGAGAUUAUUUGUUAUUCCGAAUAUUUAUUAAAUUAUUUUAAAUUAAAGCUGCACAACACAGAA